UAAGCAUGGCAACAGGGGCAUAGCGAGGUAGCUACAUCCGGCCAUGAACGAGGCAAUGUGAAUGAGAUAUUUACAUUAUGAAACUGGCGAUAAAUCUCUACAGCGUGAAUCUCUAGUUUCCUAUUACACCUGAGUCACUGGAUGAACAGAACGCAGCCAGGUGGAAAUCUCAGGUACACCCUCUAACUACAGGCCCGGAUCUGGAAUGACAAGCCCCAGUGGAGCGUGUGCACAAACACUCGAAAACAUAACCUCCCUGACCGAUAUCAAUGGAGGACAAGCUCAUCCAUGUCUACACAGAAACUGAUCUUCUCCGAUACCUGGUCUCCAACAACUUUAAAAAUGACAACUCGUGCAACCCCCAGAACAUCGAGACCAUUGAGGUAUCCGGAGUCAACAUCAGGAACCAUUCCUUCAAAAUGAAAUUCAUCGGCAUCAAGUCCUUCAAACAGCUCGGUGUCCACGAAUCGGACGGGAGGUGUCACGUGAGCAUCAUGGUUUUCCCCGAGAAGAGGCAGCGAGACAGCGGGAUGAAAGUCCUGACAGUCACCAACGGUAGGAAGGAGAUCCUUCACGUGAACACCCUCAGAAAGCUGUGCUUCUCUAUCCCAGCCCUGGUCCGGAAGCACGUUGUCCUUGGGGAUCUUGCGGACAGGGAUCGGUUGUACAGGAUGGACGCCAGACCCAGAGGACUGUGUGUGAUUAUCAACAACAAAACAUUUGAGGAUGCCAACGGGAAUGAUUAUUUACCCUACAGGAUGGGGUCUGAUAUUGAUGCUAAAAACCUGAAGAAAUUGUUCCAGAGCUUCGCUAUGGAGGUUAAGAUGUAUGUGGAUCUCAGUGACUGUGAUAUCAUUAAGGAGACAAAGAAGAUAUCUCUAAAAGACCAUUCAGACUAUGAUAUUUUCAUCUGUUGUAUUUUGUCUCAUGGCAAGAAUGGUUCCGUACUUGGAGUAAACAACUCAGAGGUUCCGAUUCUGGAAAUCACAUCCACCUUCAGAAACAGAGGUUGUCCUUCUUUGGCCGGCAAACCAAAGCUGUUCUUCAUCCAGGCGUGUCAGGGCGAGAGACCCCAGCGGGGGGUUGUCCAGUCUGACGUCAUACUGGACGAGGAGUUCACGAAGGUUCUGCCAGAUGGGUCGGACUUCCUCAUCGCAUGUUCUACGGAGCCUGGAUAUGAAUCAUUCCGUCACACGAGCACUGGCUCCUACUUCGUCAACUCUCUGGUGAAGCAGCUCGAUGUCUCGGCUAACAGAAGCCUUGUGGACAUUCUCACUGAUGUGUGUAACGAGGUGUCCGAUCAGACAUUCGACAAUAACAGGAAGCAGGUGCCCUGGUUUACCUCGACGCUCAGAAAGACGCUGAUUUUCAACCAGUGUAAUCAUUAUGUGAAUGCCUAACACGGUACUCCUGGAUGUGUUGCAAUGAUGGAGUGAGUGAGUGAGUGAAUGAGUUGGGUUUAUCAUAAUAGUAGCUUUGACACUGCCUAUUGAAAGACACUGAAAUUGCACUCAUGAACAGCUGUACAUAAUAUUGUGUUGAUAUGCAUUGAUGGGAAAGUAAUGAUGAUGUUUCUGCUUCCGUACGAAUGGGUUAAAAUGAAUAAAAUUUCACAACGAGACUGCCCAUGUCAAAUGUAAAGUCGAGAGUAUGUUCCAAGAGAGUAAAUUUCUGACUCUAAUGCA